AAGAAGAUGGCUGGGUCUUAUCAUCUUACGUGCCCAUCGAAUUGUUUUCAACCAACAUCUCACCUUCCUGCAAGUUGAAGAAUCGAAAUCUUACGCGCCGCCGAUGUCAUAGCAGAAUCUUGUGGAGUUGCCUGCGAAGACCAAAAAUAAUCAGCUCGCGACCACUUUCAAACCAGAAGACCAGGAAUUUACGAGAGCUACAAUAUUGAUACUGAAGAAACUCAAGUAAUCGACAAUGGACCAUCACGAGAGCGGAAAGUCGUUGACUGACGCAUACUCUCUCGCUGACCUCUUCGCGGACUGUGUCGAGUCUAUCAACUUGAUCCAUGGAACCCACGAAGAAUCUCACAGUGAAGAGAUUCUUACAUCACAACUGGGCAUCGAACAAGCACGCCUUCUUAUUUGGGGAGAUGCUGUGGGAAUUUGCUCACCACCAAAUUCUACCGGCGUUACAUCCGCCAUUCCAAAACAUCCUGGCGCAUUGAACCCAGAACCUGAGAGGCCCUUGUACUUUGGCACUCGAGAUGCCCGAUUGGAUGACCCUCGCUUUAGACAGCGUGUGGAAGACUCUUUGCACGCUAUCGCCAGCCCUAUGACACAUUUGACGAAAGCCAAGAUGUUGCAAACCUAUGGACUGGAUCUUUUCAAAGGCUCACCAAAAGUGCGCGAGAACCAUAUGCUGGCUCCCAAUCCUUUCAGACUGCAAGCAUUCCGUGAGAAGUUGGAAUUGCUGCAAGAAGUCGUGGUCGCAUAUCCCCACGCAAAGAUUCACAAACAUCUUGGUGUGAACAAGAAGAGCGCUUGGCAAAUCAUGGAUGUGGCCAAAGCAACCGGACUUUGUGCUCUCAUCCGCGAGAAGGUGGACUACCUGGUUCAGCUCAUGGAUACGCAAACAAGAGUCGACAAGGCAAUGCGAUACGACGUACGUGCCAUGGGAUGGCAUCCUAGCGAAGACAUGAAUGCCACUAUCCGUGACACUCUGAAGUUAUCUCUCCUGGUCGAAGCGUCCGAAACUCUGUAUCCCGAAUAUAGUACUGCGGCACAGGAGGCUAUGGACAAUGUCACUGAUCAAUGGAAGGGUAGUCAUGGCUAUGAUGCUAUGAUGUCUGACCAUCACAACCCGAUCAUCCACAAGACCGCCUCUCACACUAUGCUCGCACAACCUCUGCCUCGCGCGCAGGAGUCAACCAAGCCGACUGUCUCACCACCAAAGACACCGAAGAAGGGAAAACUGCUCGGAGUUCUUAGGCCAAAGCUCACGCGCUUGUUCUCAGGCAAGAGUAUGGAGAGGCUGUCACCAGCUGCUGCCGAUCCUUCACGCUCAAGGUCCGAGAGUGGGCCCAGUGGUGGCAUGGAUGGAGAAGCGCUUGAGCCCAUGCGUAGCAAGUCGCUGGCAAACGACGACUUGACGCAUGUUCUUACGCAUACUGCUACGCUGGAAAGUAUGAUCAGCAGACAUGAUCAGUACCCUGGAAGAUGAGGAGGAGAGAAGAAUGGAUGAUAACAGCAAUCUCUUUACCUUGCUUCUCUGUCGUUAUAUGGCUUUUUGAGGGAUUCACAAUUUGGAGGAACACUUUCGCUUUGCUCUCGAUACCCCCUUCUUUGUAUCAAUGUGUUUGUAGUCAGUCUUUCACUGUAUAAUACCUUGCUUGUAGUUAUUCUAUCGCCUCGGCUUGCAACAAUCAAGGGAAGGCGUCUGCUCAACCCUUU